UAUUUCUUUUAUCAUCUGAUCUGGUUUGCGAUUCUACUAUCAGACUAUAAUAUAAUUAUAAUUUAUUCGUUUACAUCUUGGAUAUCAGGGUGGCUAACAUAACGAGAAAAAGAGAUUUUUUUGUGUACAUUGGUUAGAUAUUUCUGACCGAGUCGUUUUUUGUAGCUUGUAUGAAGUGUGUUCUCUUAUCCCUUGGUUACGUACUCUUUGACUAUUGUUAUAUGUUGUUAUUACUUGAAUUAAAGAAGAAAAAUUACAUCGAAGUCCAGUAACUUAGUAUUUUAAUUAUGUAGUUUGGAGUUAUAAGAAUAGAUUAAUGAUUCUUGAAAGUCUCGUGUAUUGGGUGGAUGUUUUUAUACAAGUAGUGAUUAUGAAAUUUUAUAGUAAUAAAUAUAAAACAACAAUAUGGAAAACAAUAUUGACUUAAUAUGCCCUCCAGAACUGCUAUUAAAAAUUUUUGAAUAUUUGGAUUAUAAUUCUCUAAUUAAUUGUUUAUUAGUAAACAGAAAAUGGAUGGCACUCUCAAAACAUAUAAUAAAGUGUAUUGGAUAUAAUGAAGUUGCAAAGAAAGGUAUAUACAAAUAUGACAAAUUUAAAAUGAAGUUUAAUCAGAACACUGAGCCGUGGCAACUGAUCAUUAACUGCUUGUGGUGGUUUAAUGUGCAACGUUGCAAUGUACAAAAGAUUUAUGAAUAUGAUGUGAAUGAUAUUGAACAAAUAUGUAUAUGCAAUGAAAAUAUAAUAGUUCGUACAAGUACAUCUGUAGAGUAUUUUUCAAUAGUACGCCACGUAUGCAUACGAGCACUUUCGAAAACAUGUAUUCAUUAUGAAGCAACUGAAUAUUUGGUUGUAAUAAUUUAUUAUGAAGAUGACGUAAACAAAAUUAUUUUACAUCGUAAAAAUGUUAACAGUGGCUUUAAAACAUUAUACUUAAAUAACCUCGCCAUAAAUUGUUUUCUGGUUGAGGAGCAAUAUUUGUUGGUUUUAUUAGAUGACGGCAGCCUUUGGUACAUUUCCUGGAAUGAAAUAAACUGGGAGUCUAAAUUAAUAGCUAUAUAUUAUGAGAACAGGGGAACAAUAGUUACGUUACAUUUACAUCAAGACUGGAUUUACGGCAUUUGCCAAUGGGGUAGCUUAUACUCUGUAAACAUGAAUGGGGGAUUGAAUUUCGAGAAAGUCUGUGACUUCAAUAUACCAGAUUAUGCAUCACAGAAUAUGGAUCCAUUUUUCUUUGACAAAUGUAGUAUAGUCGUUUCAGUGCCGAGUAAUAUGGAGGUCAAAUAUACUGUUUUAAUGAUUAAUGACACCAAAUACAUAAUGCUUGAGAGGCCUGGGUUGACAUGUGCUACGACCCACGGAGAAAUGUUGCUGCUCGGCUACAAAAAUGGAAAGGUGGAAUUUUAUGAACAAAAAUCAAUAAUAAGGAAUUAUCCACCAAAUGCAACAUUAUAUCUAACAAAUUUUGUUACACCUAGUCACGAUGACUUAGCAAUUAUUGGGCUGGAUGUAUACGAGUCGAACGCUUCUCACCAUCUAUUUAUAGCCACUCGACAUAAAAUCUAUGAAAUAUUGCUUAGCCAUUAAUCUCCGUAAUCAUUCAACGGACAAGAUCUCAUUAAGUUAUUUAAUGACAACGCGCGCGUGGCAGCCCUGCUGUUGCAAGCGUUUAAAUACUAGGUACUAGGCGGGCCGAUGCUUGAUUGCCACUAUAAUAGUGUAUGAAAGUACUUACCUUAUCUAAUUUACAUAUGUGGUAUGACUGUAGGUAUACAUUUAUAUUUAUAUUAAUUUAAAUUUUAUAAUGUCAGUUUGUUGUAAAAAAUAUUAUAAUGAUGGGGACUACUUAUAAAACCAAAGUUAAUAUAGGUAACACGGUGAAGUGAGUAUUUAUCGUACGUACAUAUAUCUACGUAGCACGAAGAAGUAUGCUUAGAUAGUCAAUCUAAUAACUAAGGAUAAUUUUCCUCCUUUCAUUUUCAUUCCUUAUAUAAAUUAGACAGGCUUAUAAAAUAACGAGCAAACUCGAUUCUAAUAAAAAAAAAAAUGCAAUAGUUACAUUUUUUUUAUAAUUUUUUUUCUAGCUGGACAACGGGAAUUUAAUGAACUUUACCGUUUUCUAUAUAUCUGUUUCUUUCGUUUUUCUUUUUCUUCAGUCUCGCCUCGUACAUUCAAUUCCCGUUGUCCAGUUAAAUUCAAAUAUUUUAAAAUUGAUGAUCAUUUUAAAAUAGUUGUUAUAAUAUAUUAUUUUUAUUGUUUUUAUACGGAAUAGAAUCGAAAUCAUUAACUACUCGUACGAACAUAAAGUUUUUAUUUUAGAAAUUUUUAGAAAAUGUUACUGUUCGAACACUAAAAACUGACAGUAACUUAGGAUUUAUUCCAUUUAUCAGUGCCUUUUCUAUCUAAAAGAUCUACUCAAUUGUUGAAUGCUAUCCGUAUUUUAUAAUAUAUGAAAUUUUGUAAGGUUGAAUGGAUGUUUGUUACGCUUAAACGUAAAAACUACUGAACAGAUUUGGAUAAAAUUUAGUACAAGGGUAGGUUAUAUCUCAGCACAUGUUAUGCGCGCAAUAACUAGUAAGCCAAUGCUUAAACCGUCUGGUAUUUUUUAUAUCACUUUAUACACCGUGGUUUUAUAGAUAA